UUGGCUGAAAAUAUUUUCACGUCCGCGUUUGUUGUCAAAAUGGCUACCCCCAUGCAAGGUUUGCCUGCCGGGGGCUCCGUCCCUCCAGGCGGACCUCCCAAUCCAUCUAUGCCGCCUCAACAUCCAAAUCAACCUCAGGCAGGUCAUUCCUCGCAAGGGCAAACGUCCACAACCGAGGUCAAGUUCGACAACGUGGCCAAAGUGAAGGCUCUUGUGUGGUCCCUGAAAGACGCACUUUCGAACCUGGUGAGGGUGGCAGCUACGAACAUAUAUCAUACAGCUGCAGUGGACAAUGGAGUGCGAGCGAACACAUCAGACGAGUCGACGCCUCCGCGACUGGACAAGGCUCUCGAAGAUUUCUUCUCGAUUUGCAACCAGAUCGAGCUGAAUCUUCGGACCAUCCAGGAGUGUGCACUGCAGCUGCGAGACAGUCACCAGUACCUGCCCGUGCCCGUCGUGGCAACCAAGCCAGACCCGAGCAAUCCACAGGACGGCACGCUCUCCUACAGUCAGUACAUCAACACCAUUCGUGCACAGGUCAGCUUUGCCAAGGCUGUUCAGGACGUUCUCAACGAAGGUGCCCGAAGAAUCAACCAACCAGAAUAGCCUGCCUUCGGGUGAUUGCACAUUCGCAGCAUAUACGUGUACUAGUUGUUUUUUGGUAGUACUAACU